AUGAAUGAAUUGCGAGAAAUAAAUAAUGGUGUAGUGUUUCAUACUGAUCAAGAAGUUUGUAUUGAUGAUAUUAAAUCAUUUGCAACUGAAAAAAUAUUUCUUGUUACAACUGAAAGAGAUGCUACAAGGAUUUUAGAAGAAAUUCAUGCAUUAACACAAGUUGAUUCGAUAUUUAUUUUCUGUUUUAAACCUAAAAAAUAUCAAAAUCUUUUACAAAAAGUUUCUAAACUGAUUGGAAUCUAUAGAGAACGACAAGAUUUACUAAAUGCUUUGAAAGAAAAUAUUAUUCUCGUUGAAAAACAUUUAGAAGAAUUUAGUUUCUAUAGUCAACAUAAACAAAAAACUACAAGAGAUCUAUCGAAAGAGUCUGCUGAAUUUCUAUGGUUUCAAAUGUUUAAAGAUGUCAUUUUGAGAUUGCCAAGAGAUAGUCAUGCGAAGCAACAAAUGAUUGAAUUGUGUCGCCAUUAUUAUCAUGGAAAUGAAAAAGAAUUAAAAUUUAUUCAACAAACAGACUCAAUCAUUUUUGCUGAUAUUGCAAAAUUUAGUGAGUAUCCAGAUGAAGAAGUUUUAUUCGAUUUUGGGACAACAUUCGAAAUAGUUUCUGUCAAGGAAGAUGAAAAAUUCAAUCCAUGCUUAAUUAAACUAAGAGCUAGUAAUAAAGGAUCUAAAGUAGCUAAAGAACAUAAUGAAUUAAAUAGAAAAGAUGAAGAAGAAACUAGAGUUGAACUCAUAUUUGGCAAAUUAUUAAUUGAUAUGGGACAAUAUGAUCAAUCAUUAAAAUACUUUCAACGUUUGUUGUUACAUAAUCAUACACAAAAGGAUGAUAUCGCAAAAAUUAAUAAUUUAGUUGAAUCGACGUAUUACAAUAAAGAUGAUCUUAAAAAGGAACUCGAAUAUUAUAAACUGGCUUAUAAUUUAAUGAUGAAUGAUGAACCAAUACGAAUAAAAGAUUCAGUGAGACUAUUAACAAAUAAAGGUCUCACUUAUCAUCGAAAAGAACAUAUAAAAACAACAAAAACACUUACGAAUAUUGGUAAUAUAUAUACAGAAACUCGAAAAUACAAGCGUGCAUUACAAUAUUAUGAAAAGGUGCUAAAAAUUCAACAAAAAUGCUUACCAUCCGAUCAUAUUGAGACUGCUAUGACAUUGAACAAUAUUGCAGUCGUAUAUCAAAAAUUGAAUUAUCUUGAUUAUGCAUUUGAAUAUUAUCAACAGGCAUUAAAUAUGAAAGAAAAAAUAUUUCCACCACAUCACAUCGAUAUUGCUGUUGAAAGAAAUAAUGUUGCAAAGAUAAAUGAAAUAAAACAACAUCUUCAACAUGCAAACAAUGCCGUACCCAUACCAAAAGCCAGAGCUCGAANAUAA